CAAGAGGUACCCCGCGACAGAAAGUCGCGAACUUUACGACUUUUCGGUAAACUUUGACUUCCGCGAGGGAAAAAAAUUUCCUAAGUUUUAAAAAUGUGAUUCCAACUAUUUCGAAACUUGCUAGUGCUACAAAGAUUUCCGAGGACAGUGUUUGUUUGUGUCGUUAAAAUGUUUUAUGCUUUUUGAAACAUUUUUGCUGUCAAGAUCUGUCGUUCCAUCGUGGUCUCUUCAAGCUGCUGUGAAUAGUCCUCUUGAAAAUGUGGAAAAUAUCUCGCGGCUUCAAAGAAUUUUCAGAUCGCAUUGACCGUUUAAUAGCCCUUCAGUCAGAAUGCCUUCACUUCAAUAAGUCGAAAAAACAAUGCAAGGCAGUCACCGGGCAAAUCCAAGAUUUUGAUCCUGACAAACUCAAGAAACAACACAAGUGUUGUCUGGCAAAGUACUUUGAGUCUCAUGUCCCAAAACAGUUUUGUUCUACCCUCAGCAGUCAUUUCCGUAAAAAUCGGCAAGAAAAGGCUGACAAUUCAUGGGAGGACCUACACCUAAAGCAUCCACAUGCAUGGCUGGGUGCAGUUGGAUGGAGUGGUGCGCUAGUGUUGGGUUGGUAUGCCUGGCAGCCUUUCUUAAGAUGGGGCUGUCAUUACGACUCUGAAACGCAACGCCAGCAGCAUGAGGAUAGAUACGUUACCUUGUUCAAGCUCAUCCGCAAUGUCGCAUUUGCUCAACCCAUUUCUGUCCGGAGUAUCCUUCCUGCUCUACCUCAGACUGAUUCGUCAGUCAAUCUAGUUGAAUAUGGUCCCAUAUCAGCCGAACAGGCCUUGGAAGAUGCAGCGGAGGCACUGGUGAAAGUACGCGCAGAUAUCAUGGCCGAAGUCGAACACCAGCACGGGAUGGAGUGCAUAGAACAAAAACACUAUCGUCGAGCUGUCAAACACUUCCAAGAGGCCUCAAAAUUUAACUAUGCUCCUGCUGCCUACAAUUUAGCAUUAUGCUACGAGCGUGGCUUAGGCACAAGUCAAGACUUCAAAAUGGCUGCUCACUGGUACCAACAAGCUUCCGACUGGGGUCACGCUGGAGCUAUGUACAACCUUGGAGUCUUCCAUGCCCACGGCUGGGGCGGAGUCAAAGCUGACCCGGAAGUCGCUCGCCGAUUCCUAGCAUCUGCAGCAGCUCUUGGCCAGCCAGACGCCAUAUCGGCACUGAAAUUAGAAUCAGAGGAGUGUCCUAUCAACCUGAAAUUGUCGCCCAACCCAAGUCCCUCAGCCGAAAAAAUUCGCAAGAUCAGCAAUACAAUUCAAUCAUUUGCGUUUUCUCCACAUGUCUCCAAGUCAAGCAGCCUCCACGAUGCAGCCAAAAAGCUCAGCUUCUCCUCAACAAGUGAGUUUGGAUCGGACGCAAGCCAUAGCUCCAACGGAAAGGACUCAGGAAGUGGAAGCAUCCCGGUUACUCCGCUUUGGACGGACUCAGGUUGCUCAAGUGCAGAGCAGGAACCAUCAGUGACGGAAUACUAUGCUGGGAUGUGCUAUGAGAAUGGCUGGGGUGUUGAUGAGAAUCUUCCAAUGGCUGCUGAGUUUUACUCAAAGGCAGCACUCAGCGGUAAUGCAGAGGCUCUGUACAAUUUGGCUGUGUACUAUGAAGGUUCUACAGGAGACUCUCAAGAUCUACAGCUCACGAUGCAAUUGUACCGAAUGGCAGCCGAUCACGGAAGCGUUGCUGCUGGUGAACGUUUAAAGACUUUGGAGACCUACGAAUCUCUAGGAAUUUUGAAUGAAGUCAUGAAGGACAGCAGUCAGCAAUCAAAACUUACAAAGAAGCCACUCAUUCCUUUCUGAACAGGAUACUGUGCAAACAACAGAUUUCAACUUUAUUAAUUUGCUUCCAAGAAGACGCUAACUAAACAGAACAUCAAUUUUUUUCAGGUUAUAUCUCCCUCACUGAGUGUAACUCAUUGUUACCUUUUUGUACCAGUGGAAUAAUGUUAAGUGUUUUGUUUUUUUCAUAAGUUUUGUUGUUUUCUUUUUUUUUACAAUCGAGUACUUUAUAGUUUAAGCCUUAAUUUCGGACAAUUACUUUUUGUUUGGAUUUCUUCUCUUGAUCUGUUAAAAUCAGGCUCAUAUGUCUGAACGGUUUCCAUCAGCAUUUUGGUCAUGGUUCCAGAUAGAUAUUCUAAUUCCGUCUUGAGAAUCAUCAAGAAAAAGAAGAUUUUUGCAUUACAAUAAUAUCUUUUGUAUUGCAGACCUCAGCAAAAACUGCACAUGUAGAGCAAAAGAGUUUAAUUUGUAAAAAAUCUCAUUCACGAUUGAAAAAAGACUGAACUAUUUUUUUACUUUAACUAGGAGGAAGUCUUUUAAUUGAACAAAACAAUCGUCUCUGCUGAAGUAAAAAGAAUUAAUAAAUAGAUUUUUUUGUUUAACUCUCCAAAAAUUAUUUUUCUAGGAAGCUCAACUGUUAGGAUAAACUCAUAGGUCAUUAAGAUGUUGACAUAUUGUCAUAGCGUUUCAUUCAAUCAACUUGUAUUUGUCAAAGAUUGAGAUUUAAGCCACCAAGAAAGUUUUUUUGGUUUUUAUAAAUGAACAAAAACAGAUGAGAUUUAUUUCAAACUCGUAGCAUCUAUCUCGAUCUAUGAAAAGAUUGGAAAUAAAAUAAAAAUGCAAGAAAAUCUGUCUAUGAGGACAAGUUAUAAUAUUUCAAUCUGUAGUUGGUUUGGAUCAGCGAAUACACGCAUUUGAUUCUGCGAAAUCAUAAAUUUAUCUGACCAGUCAGAAAAUUGUAUCCAAAUUGUGCGUCCUAAGUCUAUCUUUAUCUGGAACAGCAUGUGUUGUCAAGGAGACUAAAUACUGCCCACAAACUUCUCCGUUUUGUCAUUGAUCCUAUCGAAUGAUUAAUCAAUGAUUUGAACAAGUGUCACAUUUUUUGCUGGCUUCUGGUUUUUUCUUAUUUGACACGCUUUUAUGUGAAAUUGAUGUUACAUGAAUGGAGUUGGAUUGAUUGUCGCCUGCCAUGAGCAGGUUUAUCAUUGAUCUCAAAUUAUGAAUCACGUAUAAUUCAAGGAACGUCAACGGGUUGGUGAUUCAGGGACUUGGAUUGUUAGGGUCCCAUCUUGCAAUUGUAUUUAUUGAUUAACUUUGCUUUAAAAGCUAUAAAUUAAUUUUCUAUAAUAGACCACUAGACACGGUGAUAAGUAAAUUUCUAUAACACAUUUUUCUCCUACGACCCUAAAAAAUUUACUAGAAUGAAAAAAUUAACAUAUUCGAAUGAUCUCUGAAAUAUGCCCAGUUGAAUGCCCAGUUUGACCCGAGCACACUUAGGUUCUUUAGUCUAAAGUUUAAAUUGACAGACAUUAGAAAUGCAAAUUCCACCCUUAAUAGUUGAAUGUGGAAAAAUCCUCAUUACAUUCAACAUGCAGUAAUACCCUGUUUAUGCAGCAUAGUUAAAAUUGAGUUUUGGUCCAACUUAUGUUUGACAUUAUGACUAAAACUGGUUUUUGAGACAAAAAUUAAGUAUGCAUUGGUUUUUUUCCCCAAUUAAAUGACUAUAAUUUACAAUUAUGAUAGAGCAUUAACCAAGUUUGCUCUCUAGGUACAACUAGAGCCCAAAAUGGCAUUUUCCAGUUUUUUUGUUGGUUUUGAUCAUGUAACGCCACCUUUGCCACAAAUCCUCAAAUAAUUGGGGUAUUACUGUACCUCAGAACUCACAUUUGAACCCUGUCUAGCGGUCCAUUGAUCCGAAGGCAUGGGAGGGAUUUCUAGAUCAUCAGUACUUACUUUUCUCUAUUUAUUUGAUUCUGCUUGAAUUAUACUUUUUGUCCAUGCAACCAAGGCAUCUGUUGGUUACUAUUUAUGCCAAUUCAGUGUGGUAAUUUCGUCAUGUUUUGUAAGCAGCAAAAUUAAUCAAUUAAUCCAGUUUAGCUGGGAUCAGAAACUGAAAGGUUCUAGUCAAAAGUCUCUUUUAUCCAAAACGCCCGGGGAACUGACGAAAGAGUUUGUCUUGAUUUUGUUAGGUAGUUGUAACAACAGAUACUUUUUGAGUGUAGUGAUCUUGUGUUUUUCAAAACUUAAGCAAAAGCUUGAAAGUGUGAAAAAUUGUUAUUCUCAGCAGUUUAGCCCGCAAAAUUCUACAUUAAUAUGAGGUUGAAAAAGUCAGGUUUUGUUUUGCCCAUUCGGGUCUUUUCAUUUGAUAUGUUAGGCAUUUUGUUACUUAGGUUGUUAAAAUUAAGUGCCAUUUUGUCCCCUACCAUUGUUUAAACAUCUCUUGUAUAUGAAAUUGAAGUUUGCAUAAAUUUUCUUUACUUUACUUACCAGUCUAUAGUUUUGAUUACCACUAUUGAUGGAAAUCAAAUCAACGAUGAAACUCCUAAGCCAUGUCUCUUGCUUUGCCAUGUUUCAGACUUCCUGUAAAACUUGUAACACACUUGUUCUCAUGUAAAACUUGUGAACGUCAACUUCUUUAAUCUGCAGUGAUUUUUCGUCUCCGUGUGAAGUACAUUCUGUAAAAGUCUCAAGUAAUCAUGUGGAUUUGUUCUUGCUUAAAAAAAGAAAAAGGGAGCAGGGAUUUUGGAACAUCGCAAACAAGAUACAUACGUUGUUUGGGAGUCAAAAUUUAAAAGGAUCUGUGGAAAGCCCUUUAACUUUGGGGAAAAAAUUUUCUGUAACGUAUUGCUAUCUCUUAAAUUUUUUCUACAACCUAAGGAUUUUUGUCUUUUAUCUUCAGGACUGAUGUCUUUUUCAAUGUUUAAGAUUUUAGGGUCAAACUUGCUCCAGAAUCUCCAGAUUUUUUUCCUCCAUGCACUUGUAACAAAUUAAGAAAAAUUUUCAUCCCUGUUACAAGUUGUUAAAUUGAAUAUGGAUAUCAGUUGCAUGAAGAGGAAACAAAUUAUUUUGUUCAUUCUCCUUCCUGAAUAUGUGACCGCAAAUAUGUUUACACCUGAACGUCUCUUGGAGUUCCUCUGAGAUUGGAUAGUUGGAUAUGCUGCGCAAUAGGUAAAAUUAAGACUUUGUCAACUUAUAUGUUGAUUUCAAGAUCAUGAUUCGGUUUUUCUAUCCAUUUUAAGUUCCUAAUUAUUUUAUUCAGAAUAAGCUCUUGAAUGUACUUACCCAGCAGUUUGAUUAUAUGACUGGUUUUACAGUGCUGUCGAGUUGAAUGAGCUGUAGUUUCUGUUUCCUGGCAACGGUAGGAGUACCCGACUGAAGCAAGGUAUUUCAGUUGAAAUUUUCAGGCUGAUUUCCCUUUUAUUAUGUUUUUUUUUUCCUUUUAAAAAAAAGACAAAUCUUUUUGAUUUUAACAUCUUGAGGCUCUGUAUCUCCCAACAGUUUUCAAAACCAAAAUUUUGUCGAUGUAAUUCAUUCAUCUAUUCAUAGUCCAAGAGCUUGAUGUCAUUCAGUGACAAAUUUGUGGCACAAGUUUUGACCACUUAAAAAGAUAGUCUCACAUGUACUGACAUGGAAACUGGUCGUCUGCCAUGUUGUAGCGUGUACAACGGUACAAGCAGACAACCAUUUUCCGCGUCAGUGCAGAUUUAAGUGGUCAAAACUUGUGUCAUGAUUGUAUCACCUAAUAUCGUCUGGCUCUCGGACUAUCAAUAUUUUUCUCAUUUCAUUUUAAAAUUAUUUUGACUCAUUUUCACUCCCCUUUUAUGGUUAAAAAUACAUAUUUUUAAAUGUGUAUACUUCAAGGGAUAACUUAAGGUGAUUACUAAAAUUUUUAUUAGAUGUAUUGUAUUGAGGAUCAUUGUUGCAUAGAAUGCCGGAACUUUACAUUUCCUGAAAUUACUAUUUUGUUUACAAAUGUUUUAUUUGGCUCAUAACAAAAUGAAAAAAUAAUGAAUCUUUUCGGAACAGUUCAAAAUAGAUUGUUUCUGUUAUUCAACAGGCCAUUGAAACUUAUCUGUUGUCACUCUGAUGAACUGUCACGGAAAGGUUUUUAUUUUACAUUUUUACCUCAUUGUUCCCUUUUUUAAACUUUAAAAGUUUGCAAUAUUUGAAAAAAAAUUAACAAACUUGUUUGUAAUUGGACGUAUUUCUGUCAAACGGAACUAUGAGAAUUGUGACAUGAGCCCUGUUAUGCAUCUAUUCUUAUGGGUCUCAGGGCUCAUGUGUUAACACACAUAGUUCCGUUUGGCAGAAAUACAUCCAAUUGAUUGUUGACCUUCAUGAUCAAAUUAAAACUGUACUGAGUUUAGGUUCUUCUAUUUAUGUUUAUUUUUUAUUCCCUUGUAAAUAUUCAUCGAUGAGGAAUAUUAAAAAAUAAAUUUAGUUUUCUAGUUAA